GAAAAACUAAAAUCAAUAAAACAAGAACCUUAAACAACAUCAGUCUCAUUUCUCGCCUGAAAACAUCAUCAGCCACUAGUAAUCCACCGGCGCCGCCUCUCUCUCUCUCUCAGGAUGCCGGUCAAAUGGGUUUUCUACUGGGUACCCAACGCCGGAUCAACUGUGAAUAGCCAAGUCAUAAAUGAAAUCAGUCAAUGCAUUGAGAGCAUCAAUGGCGUCAAAGAAGGCAGAUGGAAAGCCACUCUCACCAUUUACAGACCCAUCCUCAAAGUUGAACCAGCACUUGGUGAUCUUCCCCGUGAUUUAUUGGGUAUUGCUUUGCCUGAACAACCCAAUAAAUAUUACUUCAUUCUUAGGGGACAAAAAUUGAUUCUUGAAGCUGAACAGACUAUUCAAACUAUAAUGGAGAAACUUCAGUCUUACAAAACUAGGGUUCAAUUCAUUUCUGAGGGUUUUCAGUAUAAACUCGGUGACUUUAUGAUUAGAGUGGGCAAAGUUGUGCCUGCAAAUGCUGAAAGUUUAAGAGGAGUUAUUAUGGAUGUAGAGUAUCUUCCACUUUCAUCGCUUGAUCAAUCUCAGUUAGUAAUGGAAGAUUUCUCUGAAAUAUUGCAAGAAACAUUGUCAAGAAGAUCUAUGCCGGGUCACUUUAUGCAUGCUCCUUCAAACUUUGCAGAUUAUAACCUUGCAGAUCGAUAUACUUCGGAACAUACAGCAAUUCAGUAUGCGGGCGUACUUACUCACCUGAUCUCAACUGCUCAAUCUAUACAUAAUGGAAGGAAUUAGUAAUAUGAUUAGAUGAAAUGCAAUUGGUUCUGUGUAUUGGCUAUAAAAGAAAUGACCUUCAAAAUUAUGUCUAGUUUCAUGGAAGCUCUUGGAUUGGAUGCAGAAGGUUCAAAAAGGCUUCAAGAACAUGAUAAACAUCAAAUGAUUAUGUUGGUUUGCUUUGUUUUCUUCCUUUUUCUCUUGAAUAUCAUUUCUGUUACAGAUUAUGCUUCUAAAAUUGAGAUGUGGGUUGGAU